AUGCCUGUCUACGAUGCCUUGAGUACUGCGUUGAACGACGAAGAGCCACCUAGUCAGUACGCCAAUUCGAACCAGAACAACGCUAGUGACUUUCAGGACCACAUUCGGGAUUUUUACCAAAAGCUAAAGCCCCAAAUACCCGAUGAUCCUACAAAAAACCUCCAGCCUGAUGAUAUGUUUGCAUUUUCGCAAUUCCUUCGAACUUUGGAGACCAUAUUUCUGACUGCACAGGAUGCGACAGAUUCGGCUUCCGUCCAGGAACUCUUCCGAUCAAGUAAACUACUGGAUCCCCUCCACACUAAUGUUGUUUUUGAUGAGGGCAAGAUGGCGUACACCGAGGGUGAUAUUUUGCCAGGACCCAGACUCGAUUACGACCUCGAAGAAGACAGGCUUGAAGAGUACCAAAAAAAGCUGGGUACACUGCCAUACGCAGAAGAUUUUGUUGUUUUCGCUGAUAACAACCUGCGAUCGAUCCAGCUUUUCAAUCUAGGAGAACUAACCAUAGUAACGAUAGAGAGGUCUGCUCCUGGUUCAGUGAAUACCAAGGAACCUCUCAGUGGAGGGCUUGAAACGGGUGAACCCCAGAAGAAAUCUCGUAACAAGACGCAGGUCUCUGUAGGCACAAGAGCACGAGAUUUAGUUAGAACAGCGGUCAAAAAUGUUGUCAGUGAGUUAAGCGACCCUGAACUCGCUAAUACUCUGGAGAGAGCCCUAUCAGAAGAGGCAGCUUUAGCCUCAAACGCGCAGUGUGCUAUAAGGAAGGCACUGGAGAACGUUUCUCUCAAGCUCGACAACCCUGUACUCACAGAGCAACUGGAAAGAGCAAUCUCUACCGAACUAUCCGAAGGCAAUGGCACAGAUCCAAAUCCUUCCCUUCAAUCAGACAUCGGUGACACCGCCUCCACAGAGGUCUGCCAGACUCAUGUGCCCGUUCAGGAGAUAAACCAAGGUACAGCAGUCAACUCAUUGGGCUCCCAAACAACCCGGUCCUCCUGUCCAAGUAAGGGCAGCGGUGCGCGGAUGAUGCAAGUACCCAAGUCGAAAGAGACCAACUUCAACAAGUUGACGCCACUGACCAACUGCACCCUUCCGAUGAUGCAACCGCUCUCAUGCACAGGCAUCAGCUCAGGUGAUACGGGUACGGCAGCGGGCGGCAGUCCUGCAAGCGGCACUUCAUCCACAUUGGAGCAGAGGGCUUCCCCGCCGACUAUCGCUACGUUCAAGGGUUCUGCGCCGCCGCCGCUUCAGGGCAGACGACGCAGAUUCACGAAAAAGAUGCCCAAACCCAGUCCUGAGGACUCGGACGACGAGGAAUCUGACACAGUUCAGCCCAUUCCCUGCCUUCAGAGGAGCCGAGCGGUUGUCGAUACUAGUGUCUUUCAAAUUAGGCGAGCCAGUUCCUGCAGCCGGACCGUCUACCGGCGUUCGCUGGAGAGUUCUGCCUCUACUGUUAACGCUUUUUGA